GGAGGUGGGGAGGCAAAUCAGCAGGUAUGAGUUAAUGAGAAGCCAGCACAGAGGAGGUCACACUUCAUCAGAGAGCUGGAGUGAUUGGAUCCUUCUUUGUCAGCACUGUUACACAAGAGAGCCAUAUGCUGCCAGCCAGAAACAGUCACAUGACUUACAGGAAGAAGUAAUGUGAUCAUAAGGCAUGUGAGGGCAUUACAUGGGCCCGGAGUCUUUUUUCUUUUUUUUUUUUUAAAAGGAGUUUCUCAGUACUUUAAUGUUCCCAAGGGAGGAGAACAGGUGUCCAGAAAACUUUUUUCCUAACGUGUAACAACUUCACGUUUGGAUGGAAAAACUCCAAUUACGCGCAAAUGUAGCGGUGACAUCACACACACACAUGAUUUAAUUACUCCAUGAUAAUUGUUUUUAGAGCAUGAGACAGAUCAGAAGAGAGAGUCAGAGUCAUAAAACCCUCAUUUAGCAGUCACCUCCCCUCCUCCUCUCCUCUGUCACAUGACUGUUAACAUUUUAUUAUUAGACAAAGACGCGCGGCUGAAGGUGGGAGAGCAGCAGCACCCAUGCUGAGGUUAAUAAAGAACCGCGACGCACGUGUCUGCGCACACAGCUGGGCCGGUGCCAUGGUUACUGACAACGCAGCUUCGAGCGGCUGGAGAUGUGUUGCCGUGCCCUGGGUGUAGCGCGUGACACAUGCACGCACGCACACACACACACCUUUCGAUGCACUUUGUGUUUACGCGCGUGUUUACUUCACAUUAACUAGUGUGUGUGUGUGGUUUUUUUUAAAAUUAUUAUUAAUGUUUUAUUAAAAGCUGGAAAAACUGCGAUAUUUGUGAUUUAAAGUGUGUGUGUUUUUUUGUUGUUGUUUCACACGAGAUCUCGCGUCCUGUCACUUCAUCUGGCUCAAAGUUCAGCAGACACAUUUUCUAUGAGGAGAGUGAGACGUCCCCGCCGCCAGCACCACUGUUUGGACUACAUCGCUAUAGGAACAGCCGCGGUGUCGCUGCCGCCGCCGCUGCUGCUGCUGUAACACAGAGCAGCUCUAAUUACCGGACUUUGUGCUGGUGCAGGCUACACGUGAGUCGGAAGCUUGUUCCCUACCGGAGGCGCGCGUGCGCUCUAACCACAGCACCGACGGCUCGGCGAGGCGGCAGCUCAGGGAACUAUAGACAUCAGUCUGAGACGCGAGCUCCACCGGAGGACACGCACCGCGCAUCAGCUCCCGUUCAGCCGUCCGUCUUGCGGGGUCGUGUGAAAAACAACAACAACAACAACAACAACCAAAAAAGAACAUUUCCUCCAGAGAAGCUCGGGAGAAGAGACAAGUCGAGAGAAGUGAUGGAUGAGAGAAUACCGCAUUUACAGGACAGACAGUUCAUGGAGCAUGCAGAUUUCUUGGGGAUGGAUUACCCCUCUCUCUACAUGUGCAAGUCCAAGAGAGGAAUCAAACGAGAGGAUGGUGGGAAGGACGCGUACAAGUUACCACACCGGUUGAUAGAGAAGAAGAGGAGAGACAGAAUCAACGAAUGUAUCGGCCAGCUGAAGGAUCUGUUACCCGAACAUCUGAAGCUAUCGACGCUCGGGCAUUUGGAGAAAGCGGUUGUCUUGGAGUUGACGCUGAAACAUCUCAACGCACUGACUGCUGUCACCGAGCAGCAGCACCAGAAGAUCAUCGCUUUGCAGAAUGGGGACCGGUCGAUGAAAUCUUCCAUUCAUGCGGAUCUGGACGCGUUCCACUCCGGGUUCCAGGCCUGUGCCAAAGAGGUCCUGCAGUACCUGAGUCAGUUUGAGAACUGGACGACACGGGAGCAGAGGUGCGCGCAGCUCAUCAGCCACCUUCACAAGGUGCUGGCGCAGUUCCAGCCUGGCGCGCCGCCUCUCCAGCACCAGCUACCCGCCGGGGACGCACAAGAUGGCCAGAAAGCCGACAGCCAAGCAAACUGUGUCCCGGUCAUCCAGAGGACCCAAGGCGGGGAGCUUAACGAGAACGACACAGACACGGACAGUGGAUACGGGGGCGAGGCUGAGAAGAGCGAUGGCAAAGAGAAAGAAUGUGAGCGCAAUAAGGCGCAGGGACACAAGGCGGUGAAGAUCAAGCAAGAGUUUGGAGAUGAUCGCGCCGCCAAGAAACCAAAGAUGAACUGGCCUGGGAACGGGUUAGGGGGCGCAGACCCCGCCAGACCCGACCUGGCUUUAAUGAACUCUCUGAUGGGAAUAAGCAAUGUGGGACAGCAGACACCGAUUUGCAUGCCUUUCUACUUCAUCAACCCCUCGGCCGCGGCGUCCUAUAUGCCUUUUUUCGAUAAGAGCAACAUUGAGAAGUACAUGUACCCAGCCGCAGCCGCCCUGGCGUCCCCGUUCCCCUGGCUAUACCCCGCACACGCGUCAGCGGCGGCGGCCGCGGCUGCUGCCGCCGCCUUCCCCGGCUUAUCUGCGCACUUUGGAUCCUCCUCGCAGUCCAAUGACUCCCACAGUCCGGACAGCGACGAGUCACACGAGGCUGAGGCUGGCUCACCUGAGGAGCGCGAGGAAAGUCCCGCGAGUGACGAAGGAGAGGGUGACGCAGCCGACACGUUCCAGGAGCGCAGCAGCAGCCGCAGCAGCAGCAGCCCGCACGACGAGCACUUCUCCGCCUGUGAAACGAGCUAAUUGUGUCCGUGUUUGCUCUCCGCGCGCUCUGCCGAGGAGCUUCUGUCUGUCAUUUUCUAAAUAUUAGGCGAGUUUUAAAACGAGGUUUCACAGAAGAGUUUCUCAUGUACAGUGUCUUUGGCGAAACAGGGGACAGUUGUGACGGCGCGUGCCUUUUGCACUCCUGCUAUAGAUUAAUCAAUCUAAACGAUUAUCGACAAUGAUUGACAUUAAUACAUGGCUGUGUUGUUGCUGGAGCUAGUUUUUUUUUUUUUUAAAUCCACUUUGAUAGAAAAAACAAACAAAAACAUUUUGGAAAAACGGCAGCAUUGGUGCCAAAACUUUGAGUACGCCGUUUGUGCGCAACGUCCCAAUCAGCGAGUCUCUCUGGAUGUAUGAAGUUGCAACCGACCUCCGCCAAGGUGACGAAGAGCCUGGCUGACUCUGACUGUAAAUACGCUCACCUGGAAGACAGUCUGAUUCAUGAACAUGUCAAACGUGCACUAAACGGGCCUGUAGAAGAAGCCACAGUACCUCAUCCCCAACUCUGCAUGAGGGGGGGGGAGGCUGAUUGGGAGGCACGUUACUGUCCCUCCUGAGAGGAAGUGAAUAGCACCCCCUCCUCCCAAACAUCUCACCAUUAACAACAACAACAAGAAUCAGCUACUUUAACAAUUACAGUUUGACCACAGAGACAUGAUUGGGAGAGGUGUCAGGCCUGGUUGCACUUCAGCUCAUUUGUUUGUUUGUUUGUUUUUUUAAAAAAAGAUCUGUUUUUCUUUGUUCUUGUGAGGAAAGAAAAAUGAAAAUAAAAUCUCUGAAAGCAUUCAGUAUGAUGGAGAGAAGGAGAAGGAGAAGAAGAAGAAGAAGAAGAAGAAGAAGAAGAAGAAGAAGAAGAAGAAGAAGAAGAAGAAGAGAGCCCUCACACACAAAGGGGGGGGGCUGCUCAACCAGCAUAUAUAGGCUACGUUCCCCCCUGAAUGAAGCUUUUCAGCACAGAGAUGCAGCGACCUCCUGCACCUCCAGGAAACCUUGUAGGAUAGCACCUUAGAGAUCUUUGAUAUUGAAUGUACCUGUAUUUUUUCCCAGCUGUUAAAAAAAAAAAAGUUUGUAUGUAGGAUGAUCUUUACUCUACGAGACGUAAAGUGCACUUUCUUCUGCUUUUAUUCCCCCUCAAAGAAAAGUCUCUCACUGUAGUUCUCUCUGGACACUUUUUUUUUUUUUUAUUAUGUUGAGUUUGUUCUUGAGAUAAUACGAAAAGAAAAUAAAGAAGAAGAGGAGGAAGGAGAGCAGAGACACCACGUGCUCUGUGGUGACAAAGUAAUUGACCCGUUUUUGUCACAACACGGUUCACUCGUUGGCUCUUUCAGGGUAAAAAUGAUUCAGAUCAUAAUCAGAUUUGAGAAAACCCUGCACGCCCGGCUGCCCCCUCGACUCUGUGUUCUGUGCUAUCAUUAUGUAAAACCUCUGCUUUUCUUUUCUUUUUUUCCUAAUAUGUGACAAAGGUGGGAGAGGAGCUGUGGUCGCGUGACCAUCCGUUAUGAUUGUUGCCGUUUAAGGAACUUUAACUUUAUCUUGGCCUGUUUUUCUUUUUGUUUUUUUGUUUUUUUUUAAAUUUUGUUUCUAAGAGAUUAAUUCCUGCAAGUGUUAGUGUUGUUCAGCUUCUCUUUUCUUUUUUAAAAGUUUCACACGUGACUGAAUAAAACAGAUGAUUUUCAUUGUAUUUUUGCAUACAGGACAUUUGCUUUUGUAGUUUUUCUUCAGCUGUUUUUUUGUUUUGUUGUUGUUUUGCCUCAAAUCUGUUAUCAGCUGUUAUAUAAAGUGGCAUGUGCGUCUGUAAAUAGGUUUUUGUGAAUAUACCAUAAAGUAUACAUGUCUAUGUCAAUGUUGUAGAAGUCUAUGGAUUCUUUUUUUUUUUUUUUUUUUUUUUUAAAGUUUAACUGAGCAACUGUUGCACAUUUCGUUAAUGCUUUACACAUAUGCUGUUCUAAAUUA